UGUUACUUUUCUCUCUCCUCUCUCUUAUCGGUAAGGAGGAGCUGCUCUGUGUUCUCGAGUUACUUCUACUUUUAAAUUUCACAGCAGCAGAUACGAUUCAUCAAAUAUGGACUUGCCCAGAACGUCAAAACUCCAAAACCCCAGAACCAUUUGACUUUGUUUUCCUUGCUUUCUCUUUUGUAUCAUAUCAUAUAUACAUAUGUGUGUAUGCGUUGGUGUAUUGUCAAAAAAAAAAAAAAAAAAUUCUGUGAAUCUGUCAUUAUCUGGUUUUGUUCUCCGGUUCAAACCGGUCUGGAUAUUUCAUGAUUUAUACGGUUAAGAUUAUUCCUUUUCUUUGCGUUCAAACUGUUUGAUGGAAGUUCCAGAAAAGCACAUCUGAUCUGCCUUUUUUGUUGCCUAAUUACAAAUUUGGCCUCUCUCUGUAUGUUGGAGUUCACCAUGAUCUUAAAAGGUGCCUUUUUCCCCUUCUUUGUUUAGUGUUCUUUAAUUGGUUAAUUAAUAUUUGUGUUUUUGUUUGAUACCCGCAAGUUUCUGUGUUGGAGUUCCUGUAUCAAAACCCUAGAUUUCAGUUCCAUCUAAGCUCGAAGAACCCAUCUUUUUUAGCUCUUUGAUUUUGAGAGUUUAUGAUGAUGAUGAGUUGUGGAAUAUUUAAAAAUUUCAUUAGGGUUUCAGCCAUAUUUUCAUUUGUAUGCUUUUGUAGAGGAUUUAGUCCUGCAGACAAUUAUCUAAUAGACUGUGGAUCACCUACUAACACUACGGUAGGGGUUCGCGUUUUCGUGUCUGAUGAUUUGGCUUCGAAAUUCCUUUCAACCCAGCAAAGUGUUUUGGCCAAUUCCUCUUCGAAUUCUAUCCCAUCAUCCGGUGAUGAUUCACAGCUGUAUCGUACAGCAAGAAUUUUUACCGGAACCUCUAAGUACACAUUUUCAAUCAGCCAGAGAGGUCGAAAAUGGAUUCGCCUUUAUUUCUUCCCAUCUGUUUUUGGGAAUUACAAUUUGAGCUCGGCAAACUUCUCUGUUUCUGCCCAAAAUUAUUUACUCCUUGAUAAUUUCAAUCCUAGUACCACUUCUGUGAAGGAAUUCUCUGUAAAUGUGACAUCGACUACCCUCGUAAUCACAUUCAUCCCUUCCAAUAAUUCUGUUGCCUUCUUAAAUGCCUUGGAAGUUGUUUCAGUCCCCGAUAUGCUCAUUACCGAUAAUGCUGCUUCUGUUAAUCCAUCCGGGAAAUUCGAAGGCCUUUUGUUCCAGGCGUUGGAGACUGUGGCUAGGGUGAAUAUGGGUGGACCAGCUUUGUCAUCUGAGAAUGAUACGUUAUGGAGAAGUUGGGUUCCUGAUCAAAAUUUCUUGGUACAAAAGAACGGUGUCACAAGUGUGUCAAAGAUCAGUGCUGUUAGAUAUCCUUCAGGUGGGGCAACACCUGAUAUUGCUCCUGCUACUGUCUAUGGUACUGCCACUGAGAUGAAGGCAGACAAUCCUAAUGACAAUUUCAAUAUUACAUGGCAGUUCAUUGUGGAUCCAGGGUUUCAGUAUCUUGUUCGAUUUCACUUCUGUGAUAUAGUGAGUGCAUCUCCUAACCAGCUAUACUUCAAUGUCUAUAUUGAUUCUUGGAAUGUAGCUCCAGAUUUUGAUUUGAGUACUAAAACAAUUAACAUGCUGGCUACUGCGUAUUAUAUGGAUUAUGUCACGCCAUUAUCUGAUAAAAGUACUCUUCGCAUUAGUGUUGGCCCAUCUGUGACUUUAAGUGUAUACCCUAUAGCCAUUCUAAAUGGACUGGAGAUUAUGAAGAUGAACAACUCUUUGGGCAGCCUCAGCGGGAUGGCCUCUGUAACGCCUUCCUCUACACCGAGCUCAAAGAAGAAUGUGGCCAUGAUAGUGGGACUGAGUGUCGGGGUGUUUGUUGCUGUGGUGUUGGUUAGCGUUCUCUUUUUCAUGUGGAGAAGAAGAAAAGUUGCACGUCUUGGCCAUUCAAAGACAUGGACUCCUUUAUCCAUAAUUGGAGGAACUUCACGCACUAUGGGAAGUAAAUAUUCUAAUGGAACAACUAUCAGUGCUGGUCCUGAUGUUGGGUAUCGAUUUCCUUUUGUGGCCAUUCAAGAGGCAACAAAUAACUUUGAUGAGAGUUGGGUUAUUGGAGUUGGUGGUUUUGGAAAGGUUUACAAGGGAAUUUUAAAUGAUGGUACAAAAUUGGCUGUUAAGAGGGGUAAUCCCCUGUCCCAGCAAGGCCUUGCAGAGUUCCAAACAGAAAUUGAGAUGCUAUCUCAGUUCCGACAUCGCCAUCUGGUUUCAUUGAUUGGGUACUGCGAUGAGAAGAAUGAAAUGAUCUUGAUUUAUGAAUAUAUGGAGAAUGGAACCCUCAAGAGUCAUCUCUAUGGCUCGGGUCUUCCCAGCUUGAGUUGGAAGGAGAGGCUUGAGAUAUGCAUUGGGGCAGCCAGAGGACUUCACUACCUUCACACUGGCUAUGCAAAAGCAGUUAUUCAUCGUGAUGUAAAGUCGGCAAACAUAUU